AUGAUGAAAGUACUUGUAGUUCUUUUCGUUUUAUCUUCAAUAAAAACAAUUUGUCUAGCAAAACAAGAUCCACCGCAUAUUCUUCAUGGUUUAUUUGCAGAUUCUGAUCAAAGUCAUGUUUGUUAUGGAACAUUUAAUUUCGAUACAUCACAAUUCAAUAUAACAAACAAAAUCGAUAUAAAUAUUGUUGGAGAUCCUCGAAAUGUCAAAUAUCAUGUUUUACCAUUAACAUACGAUCCAAACGCUGAUGUUGUUUAUAUGGCCGCACCAGAUAAGAAUAAACAAACAAUAUUAAGUGUUAUCAAUGCAGUUGACGGUAAACUUCUCUCAACGUAUCAAACAAUAAAGAGCACGAUAAUAUCUCUUCAAUAUGAUAUAUUUCAAAAGCAAUUAUUCGCACAUAUUGAAACUGAUCAAGAAAAUGUAACAUCAAUUGUUGAAAUUGAUACAAGUGAUGGAAAUAUUAAACAAACAAUGGGUACAGUUGAAAAUUUGAAAGCAACUCAUAUUUCAAGUUAUUGCCCAAUUUGUCGAAAAUAUUUUCUUAUGAUGAAUGAUGAUCAAGGUUUUAUGUAUGUUGGUGUUAAUACAAGUAAUUCAGGUGGAGUUGAUUGGAAAACAAAAAUUAAUUUUUCACCUUUAAGUAUAAAAUUUGAUUAUAAAACAUUUACUAUGUAUGCAACUUAUAUUAAUGUAAGUGUUCAUUUUGUUUCUUCUGUUGGAAUAUUAGAUCGAAGUAAAGGUGGAAUUAGUAAAGAUGUUGGAAAUAUUUAUGAAGAUCCAAAUAUUGCUGUGACUUCACUUUCAGCAUUUGAUUUUCAAGAAAAGAUUUAUUAUGCAUCAACGAAAUUAACGGGCCCGGUUGUUCCUGGAGUUUCGUAUGUUAAAGUCGAUGGAUCAGAUUCGAGAGUGAUUCUACUCCCAAAAGCGAACUAUUAUUCAUAUGGAUGGUUUAUUAAACAAUUUAUUCAUUAG